AUGCCUAAAGUGUCGACCAGUUCACUUCCACUCGAUGGCCUGUUUGCUAUCGUGAAGCCGUCUGGCCCAACCUCCAUGUCAAUCCUAGAUCGUCUCAAACCUCUGUUGGCUAGAUCUCGCCUGUUAGUUGACCAAGAAGAAUACCAAAAGGCUUUAGCAGAAAAAGAGAAGCAAAAAAAGAGGAGAGGAAAAUUUAAGAGCGGCCGGAUGAGUAAACCUUCAGACCGCCCCAAACUAGGACAAGGGGGUACACUGGACCCGUUGGCAGACGGUGUACUAGUUCUUGGACCUCAGACUGGUACACAGGAAUACUCCACCACCGCAUUAUUAGGAUGCGAAACAGAUAGCUACGACAGCAACGGCGCCAUAGUUCGCACAUUACCAUAUGCCCAUCUUACGCAAGAGGACGUGGAAAAGGUCUUGAGCCGAUUCAGAGGAGACAUAAAACAAAUGCCGCCUAUCUUUUCUGCUUUGAAGAUGGAUGGGAAGCCUUUAUACGAAUAUGCUCGCGAAAACAAACCUCUUCCUCGACCAAUUGAAGCUCGAUCGUGCACUGUAUACGAACUAGUGCUAGAGCGCUGGAUCCCUGCUGCACAAUCUUCAGACGAUACAGAGGGACAUCAUUACAAAUUCCCCGAAAAGGAGAUAACCGAAGAACAACGUAAUUCAAUGAACCAAGUAAAAGAGCUUGUCCUCAAAGCUGAAGCCGAUGCUCACCCAUCCGAAGAGCAAUCCGCGGUUGUGAAUGCACUUCGACAAACCACACCUCCAACUGCCGCAGGGGAUCAAGCUGACACGGAUAGGCCACCCGCUUUCGUUUUGCGGAUGGUCGUCUCUUCGGGGACCUAUGUUCGGAGCAUCGUCCAUGACAUUGGAAUAGCUCUAGGUACUGCAGCCCACGUUGUGACACUGACUCGUACGCGACAAGGGAAAUACAAUCUUGCCAGCGCGCAGGGGACAGUCAUCAGUCAGUCUUCGGUAUCGCCGGAUGUUGACCGGCCCGAGCUGAUGGACGGAAACUGUAUAAAAUGGGAUGUUUUCGAACGAGCAUUGGCUCUUGGCGAUGGCCAAGAAGAGACUUCAAGGCUAGCAGAAGGGAAGAAUGGGAAGAAUGGGAACAAGCCAUUCUUCAGAGUUGGUCGGAGGACUGAACCGAGUUAG